CCUCCCUCCCUCCUUCCGCGCCCGCACACUCUCGCAUACACACACACGCAAGCUCACACCCCUCUCCCGCCGCCAGCAGCCGGGGGGCACUUUUGAAAGCCCUUCUGGUUCCACACCCAGCCGCCGCUGACAUCAUUCCCGCAGGAGGGCGGGCGGAGGCACCGCCGCCGCCGSCAGACGGUCGCAGCCCCGGAGAGCUGCCCGCCAUUUAUCUCAGACUAAAGCCUCCCCAGAGCAAGGAUGUUGAUUCUCCUGGCCUUCAUUAUCGUGUUUCACAUAACCUCAGCAGCGCUGCUGUUCAUCUCAACUAUCGACAAUGCCUGGUGGGUGGGAGAUAACUUUUAUACAGAUGUCUGGAGAAUGUGCCUCACAAAUACGAGCACCUGUGUGGCUAUCACUGAUGAGUUCAAUGAGUAUCAAUCAAUUCAGGCUGUUCAGGCCGCCAUGAUCCUGUCUACGAUUUUCUGUUGUGUGGCAUUUCUGGUUUUCCUUCUUCAACUCUUCCGCCUAAAGCAAGGAGAAAGAUUUGUGUUAACCUCUAUUAUCCAGCUCCUGUCAUGUCUGUGUGUUAUGAUCGCAGCUUCCAUUUACACAGACAGGCAUGAAGAACUGCACCAGAGCUAUGGAUAUAGAAUGGAAGUUUCCAAAGGCCAAUAUGGCUAUUCCUUUGUCUUAGCCUGGAUUGCGUUUGCCUUUACCCUGAUCAGUGGAGUGAUGUACUUAGUAUUAAGGAAGCGUAAAUAAAUGCCAGCACCUAGUUAUUUCUGUCACUGCAGUACAAAACCAAAUUCCAGUAACCAUUUUGUAUAUAAUCAUUUACAUGGUUUUGUAGUAAAGGUAUUGUUUCUCUAAAAAUGUACUGUGUUCUUGAUGUGAAACAGAA